AUGCAGAGUAAUCAUACAGCUGCCUCCAGUCAUUAUGAGGUGCUGAGCAUCUCCCUGAUGUCGCUUCUGGCUGUGAUCAUUACGGUGGGGAAUGUGCUGAGUUUGACCGUGCUCCUGGGCUCCAGACGUUUCCGCACUCCUCAGGGAUACCUCAAAGUGUCCCUGGCCUCAGCGGAUCUGAUGGUGGGUGUUGCCGUGGUCCCGUACUCAGUUUACAACGAGGUUGAGGGUUUGAUGACCUCGCGGGGUCAAAGUUCAAGAAUAGGCUCCAACAUUUCUGCUGAGGUUGUGGCGGUAUCGGAGGGCUUUCAGCCUUGCUUCGUUAUGGGGCCCGUGUUUGCAGGGUGCACCUUAGUGUCCAUCACCACCAUCUUCCUGCUGUCACUGGAGCGAGCCAUCACCGUCCUCAGACCACUGCAGAAGAACAUGAUUGUGACCAAAGAGAGGACCGUAGGCCUCAUCGCACUGACCUGGCUUGUGUGCUUCUCCCUAGCCUUGACUCCUCUGCUCAUGUCCGAGGACAUAACAUUGGAGUUUAGCUCCUGCAGUAAGAUGUGUAACUACGCCCCCUGCCCAGUGGGUCAGCACCAUCACCCUCACAAUGACAGUUCCAGCCCAGUGGCCAACAUCAUGCUCGUGUUCCCCAUUUUCGACUUCGCCAUCCUGGGCGCCACCUGUGUGGUCAACGCCGUCACCUUCUCCGCCGUGCGGCGCUUCUGCCGGGCCCGGGCACAGGAGGCCGCCGCCAGGAUGCCCAUGUCGAACGGGCCGUCCUUCUCAGACAUCCGCGCCGCCAAGACCAUCUGUGUCCUGACAGGGCUUUUCUGCGCCUCCUUCAUGCCCAUGGCCGUGCUGGUAACGGCCAGCGUGUUGCUGGGCGGCCGCUGGUGCCGCUUCUCCCUCUACACCUUCUGGAUCCUGACCUGCAGCAGCAGCUGGAACGUGCUCAUCUACAGCGCCCGCGACAGACGCUUUCGCCAGCGCGCCCUCGAGCUCCUGUUGGGCCGCCGGCUGGUGGACAGGCAGAAGACAGUGGGCAGAGGGAGACGAGGGUGCAGGUGGGCACAGAGAAGGCACCACCACCACCCUGCCGCUGAUCGCUGCCGCAUGGGAGGGUGUUUCACGGUGGUGGGUGACAUGCCGGUCCCAGAGUUGGCCCGGGCUUGCUCCUCAUACCAGGUGGACCCCACCACACGGCAUGAGCUGACCUUAACUACUCUCCCUGUGGAUGGAUCUUUCAUCCAGUACUCACCACAGUGCAGCCCAUGCUCCACACACCUGCUAAGGGUGAACCGGAGCUGA